AUGCCCUCCGCGGAGUUCAUAUCGAGCAGCCAACUUGAUUUGGCUGAGUUCCUGAGACGUCGGGCCUCCGAACAAUUGACUGUUCACCUAUUCACAUUCAUUUCUCUAUCUGAUCCUCAGCAGCUCCAUCCACCUCUGGAACUUGGCAAUGAAACCCGUCUUCUGAAAGCCUCGACCGUACAUCGCGUCAGGCUUCGGAUCACUGGACUUCGCUCUUUCUCGAGAUACCGGAUCCGAGUCCGCUUGCCUGACUGGCUGGCUGGGUUUCGGUCCCCCACACUUCCAACAUUUUGGCCGCAAGAUCGCAGCCUAGCCAUUCAGGAAGGCUUGAUGAGCGAGUCGAACUGGUUCGAUACAUUGCCUGCGAAGCCUGUUGUCGCGAUCCGUCUCAUCUCACCUCCUCUCCUCCUUUAUGCCAACCGGGUUCAAUUGAUGUGGCAGGCAAGUCUUAGUGAUUAG